CAUUAAAUAUAACUUGGGACGAUUUGAGGGACACAACGACGGAAAAUACCAACCUAUUGUCGUUCAAAGUCCGAGAUUUUGCGCAACCUUCAUUUGCAAAUCCUCGCCACCGAAUAGUUGCGUUGCUAUCGCGAGAAGCAACUCAUCGCGAGAAUUUCAAAAGCGGGAAGAACGUCAUGUGACACAAUACGGAAGUUAUCGCAUCUCGAGGAAAAGCAAACACCCAUUUCUUAUUUCAAGACUUAUAUGCCAUUCCUGUUACUAUUUUUUUAUGGAAUCGAAUGUUUAGUGAUGUCGUCAACCCAAGAAAAGGACAGCAGCUUUCUGGGUGGUAGAAUACCGCCUGAAAUCGAGUUCAUGGCAAAGAACCUCCAGGAUGUGGAGCAAGAGAUAUUCAGAAAAUUACUGAAAGCGGUGGUGAAUGCCCUGGAGGGGAAGGACUGCAGAGACACGAUGAAGUCAAUAGCAGAGACGAGUGUCCUUCCACAGGACAAGCUGAGUCACGUUGUAGCUGGGAUGUACAGAAUAUUGUCUGAGGCUAUUCGUAAACCACAAGCAUUGCUAAAGCAGGAGGCCUUUAAAGAGGAUCUUCGCGACCUAAGUAUACCAGAAAACUUUAUUAUGGAUUUCUGCAGUGUGGUAUUUGGAAAUCGGCGUGCAGCUCUGGAAGCAGCGACUUCUCAGAGGGACCCCCACCUGCCCACAGUAGAUGAGUUUAAAUGGAGAGUGGAUGUAGCCAUCUCUACAAGGUGCCAGUGGCGAAAUUCCAGGAACUGCGCUACAACGUGGCUCUGAUCCUCAAAGAAAUGAACAAUUUGGAAAAGAGAAGCAUUCUGAGGAUCCAAGAUUGAAAAGCAUUCUGUUUUUGAUGGAAGCGGUGAGAUUGGUAAAACCAGAAAGCUAAAAAUGCAAAAAGCUUUACAUGAAAAAAAAUUGUCUGGUGACCGGUCUAGAGUGUACCUCGCCUCUCGCCCCAAAGUGAACUGUGAUAGGCUAGAGCUGGAGUUUACCUGUGAUUCUAAUGAGGACUAGCAAUAUAGAACAAUGAUGGAUGUUAUCAAAUUUGGUCUGUUUACUCUGUGAUAUUUUACCAUGUAAUACAAGCAAUACUGGCCUAGAAAUAUUUUUUUUAAAUGUCAGCUUUUCUUCACAAUUUUUUUCUUUAAGAAAAUAAACACGUACAAAUGAUAGAUUAUUCAAAAUAA